AUGGGUAUUCACAACGGCAUUAUUCGUAAUCUAGAAGUGGAUACCGGAAAAUCCUUACAGUGGAUAAUUUGCAUGCUGCACGGUAAUGAAUUUCCACUUUGUCACCUGAUUAACUUGGAUGGAGAAACAACUGGGCCAACUGGAUAUGUUGGAGUGAUUGGCAAGCAGUUGCAAACUUGCGAAGAACUACCAAUUGUUCCAUUUGAGAAGAUCAACGUAGUAAUUCCAGAAGUAGAUCCUGAGAUUCUCAGCACCGACCAGAAAUAUCUUUUCGAGAUAAGUGUUGCAAUAUCUGUUGGUAUUGUUUCAGAAAGCUUGACACGAAAGCAACCUGGAAAAAUGGCACAUUCGAGAUGGCUGACAACUGCCAACAGGAUUCUACGUUUAUACGUUGGAACAAUAAAUCCAUCUGAAGAACUAAAAAUUCUGAACAAAUAUAUAUUGAAAGUGUAUAUAAUAACCUGGUUUUCUAUUAAGCUAAAGCCAGAUAUGAAGUACGGUUCGCUGCAUUUAUUCAACCUAAUUCAGAGAUCUCGAUACCUUCCUUCAAAUUCAAGACAGAUCGUUGACAGAAUUAUUCAGGUCAACGGCUAUUUGGCACACCCUGAAAACAUCCUUUUAUGUAUGCUUGGAGAUGAACGUUUGCAUAUUAGGGAACUAGGCUUGCGACGGAUUUUGAAAUGUAGAACAAGCCCCCCUCAAGCUUAG